UAAAACACACAAUUCUUCACAAUUUACAAAUGACAACAAAUAAUUAACAACCAAACUAUGGAUAGGAAUAACAAGCUAGAAAGGCAAAUCCUGAUCUGCAGCCCUCGAACAAGAUAUUUUUGAUUUGAAAAGAGGAAACGUAGACGACGAUUGUCUGUGAUCCAGAACACUAUAGCGGUUUCUCCCACCUUCCCUACCGCAUGCAUUGUAGUGCUCGAGAAGGCGACGGUGUUUGUGUCGCAAUUUCCAGUUUCCUGUCUAGAUUUUUGUGUGGUUUGCAUGCAAUUACGAGGUUCCUGCUGUUGCGAUGAGCCUUCACUAUAUAAAGAUAACAAAGCAGCUCGAAAGUCAUUACUCGUCGACGGUCUGAUCAGCUCGAGUCGAUCGCUCUCUGUGAAGAUGAUGACUCUGCGUGUACAGAUCCUCUCUCUCGUUUCUGUCUUCUUCGUUCUGCAGACAAAUCCCAGUUAUGCCGUACCGAUCAAUGUAGACGAAGACUUUUUGAAACCUCUCUGCGAGAACCCGCCACCGGUUUUACGACUCGUGUGCAAGAGUCUGUUUGGUGUCACGUGUCCGACACAAGCCAAGUUGGGAGAUUGGGCAUACAAUGGUAGAGAAGUCGACGGCUCGCUCAAUAGCACCGCCGCUAGCGCUUGUCCCGGCGUAAGACUGCAGACGUACGAAAGAACAACGAAUCUCUCGACUAUUCUGUCUGAAUGUCGUUCAAAAGUAAUCGUCCAAACAGAAGAAGAAUACCGAUGUCCACCUACUACAAAAGAAAAGGCUGCUGCUCUAACUCGCAUAUUUGGAAGCUUUGGGCCACCACCACCUCCAGUCGUACAACCAUCGGCUGCUGCUGCGACGGUAGAGCCGACGACGGCACUCCCCGUAAGAGCAAAACGUCAAGAAUGCUACUACAACGACGCCAUAGACCUCGCCAUUCUUAUCGAUGCCUCCGGCAGCGUUGGCAGCCCAAACUUCUACAAAUCCGUCGAGGACGUAGCCACGUUGAUCGAAAACACUUGCAAUGACUUCAAAUGUGGUUCUCCACAGAUCAGAGUGGCCGUGGUGACGUUCGCAUCUUCUCCCGUCACCGUGUUCGACUUGGCCUACUCGGCAGCAAACCACCACAAUCGCCAAGACAUAAUCGACAGCAUCCUGACAACACACUACACGAACGGCGGCACCGCGACACGUUCGGCUCUCGAGCACGUCCGUGACAACAUUUUCAGCGCCAGUCAUGGUAUGAGACGACACAGUAAGAAAAAACUCAUGGUACUGACAGACGGUAACCACAACGGCGGACAAGACCCCAAAGACGUGGCAGAGAGCUUGCACGAGCGACCGGGUAGCGAUCAAGUCGACGUCUUUGCCCUCGGCAUCGGCAGCGGAAUAUCGUUCCAAAACGUGAAAAAUCUCAAUCACGCCAGCGACUUGAACAAAAUUCUUCCAUUUUUGACUUACUCCUCGUUCGCCGAGUUCUCACAAGGAGUUCAAGUGGUCGCCGCAGAUGCUCAAGCGAACACCAACUCGUGCUCGUCGUCGGCCUUCAAGAAAUGAAGAACAAACGUGGAUCUAGAGGACGUCGAUUAUCGUGUCGAACCAAAUUUCUGUUGUUUUGUUAGUUGUUGAAAUUUCUGUUUAGCAGUUCAAGUUCAACUUUAUUGUUGGAUACUAUAGUGAUAUUGUCGCUAUAACAGAGUCAGAUUUCUAGACAAUAUAAUUUAAUGUUUAAGGAUGCGUUUAUUAUAUGCGGCUAUAUAUACCUACCACGCAGAUAUGCGUGCAUGCAACCGCUUUGUGAGCAAGCUCGUCGCUGUAUCCGCCCCUGUACUAAGUAUCC